CAUGCCAAAAUCCGUCAUUGUCGUCAUGUUUUUGGACAGAAUACUCGAAUGUCAAUAUCAAUAUUUUGUAUCAUGCCUUUUUGCAAUAAACUAUCAACUAUUUGGAAACAAUGCAAGUAUCGUUUGUACAGAUCAACAAAUCUUCAUGUGCGAUCAAUAGCUGAUGUUUAUAGUGAGAAAAGUGAAUUUCAUUGGUUGUCAAACUGUUCACCAUCGUUUAUAAUCGAUGGAGAUAAGGUUCAUGUACUGAAUGAGCCAUGCGAAUUUUAUGAAACUUUAAAGAUAAACAUUUCUCAAGCAAAGAGGAGAAUAGCAAUUGCAUCUCUAUACUUGGGCACAGGAAAAUUGGAAGAGGAAUUGGUUGGAGCCAUCAGACAUAGUCUGUUAAAUUCAAGGAAUAAUGGCAAUGAUUUAAAAGUUUCUAUCUUGCUUGAUCACACUCGUGGCUCAAGGGGGCAGGAGAAGAAUUCAAGAACAAUGUUGCUUCCUUUAUUGAUGGAAUUUCCUAAGCAUGUUGACAUAGCUUUGUUUCAUACACCAGCACUGAGGGGCUUGCUUCGAUGGAUUAUACCAGAAAAAUAUAAUGAAACAAUUGGGGUUAGUCAUCUCAAGGUGUACCUUACGGAUGAUACAUUCAUCCUCACUGGGGCUAAUUUAAGCAAUGACUACUUCACCAAUCGUCAAGAUCGAUACAUCCUUAUCGAAAAAUCUCCUCACAUAGCUGACUACUUCGAAAACUUAGUCACAAUGGUCAGUGGUUUCUCCUUACAACUUCAUCCUGACAAUGUAACAAGCAUGAGCAAUGUCAAAUUUCCUGCACAUCCUUAUAAAGACUGGGACAGAGGCAGAAAAUUUUGUGGCAUAGCAAAUGGUACAGUAAAUAAAUUUAUUAAAAAAUGGACGAAGGAGAGCGAGAAAGUUUCAAAAUAUUCCAAAGGAGAUACUGUGAUAUAUCCUUUGCUUCAAAUGGGGUUAUUUGGUAUAACACAAGAUGAAAAUGUUACCUUAAAGCUGUUGCUUGAUAUGCCUGAAGCAUCUACAACACAUUUAGCUACGGGAUAUUUCAACCUUACACCUCACUAUUCAAAUUGUAUUUUAAACUCAAAAGGAAAUUAUGAAAUAUUAUGUGCUCAUCCAUUGGCAAAUGGAUUUUACAAAGCUGGUGGCAUUAUUGGUGGAAUACCAGAUGCAUUCACCAACUUUGCAAAAGAAUUUUUUAACCAUGUGCAACAUUUCAAACAUUUUGAAUGGAUUAAAGUAAAUGAAUACAUAAGAAGUUAUUGGACAUUUCAUGCCAAAGGAUUGUGGUACACCCCGCAAGAUGAUCACUAUCCAAACAUGUCAAUGAUUGGCUCAUCAAAUUUCGGUCACAGAUCAGUAAAACGUGACCUGGAAAAUCAAACCAUUCUCCUAACAUCAAAUGAGAAAUUACGAUACAUGUUGGGCAAAGAGAGAGAUCACGUGUUUAAGUAUAUAGUUAAAGUCACUAAUGAAACAUUUGAAGCAAUUGAGCGUCGUGUACCAAUUUGGGUGAAAAUUAUCAGCUAUUUUACACGUAGCUUUUUUUAAAGACAGAUACUAAUUCUUAUUAAUGCUAAUUAUAGUUAAAUAUUUCAAGCAUUAUACCAUAUACACUGAUCAAGGUGAAUUUUUGUUGAUCAGGUUAAAAAUGUACAUCUAGUCUUAGUUUGCUCACCAUAGAAAUGAUGUAAACACUUUCAUUUAACGUCCUCCCAAGAACUGCCAGAAUUUAUUAAAUGCCCUGGGUGUUUACUAGAUAAUUUGUGGCAUACGGUUAUAUAAAACACAAAAAAAUAAUAAACUCUGCAUAGAUUUAA